AUGAUUCCUUUGCACAGUGUUGUUCUUGCGAGUGAAGUUCACAUGCUCUGCAGUGCAUACGCUCUUUGUACUGAGAAUGAGGAAGUUGCCUUGCUUCUUCUUGGUGAUUAUACGCCAAUGCCCAACGGUGCCAAUAUCGCAAUAGUUCAAAACUGCUUCUUUGUAGUGCGAAAGGAUAAGCGCAAGGACAGAGUGGAGAUUUCCAGUCAAGAGCUCAGUAGAGCCUUGCUGGAAGCAGACCAGAGAUCGCUUAAAGUCAUUGGAUGGUGUCAUUCGCAUCCCAAGAUUACCAUUCUUCCAUCUCAUGUCGAUCUGGCAACUCAACUGACUAUGCAGACUAUGGACAGCCGCUUUUUUGGUUUGAUUUAUUCUUGCUUUCAUACCAAUCAGGACUUGACGCAACGCAUUCAAGUCACUGCCUUUCAGAGCAUCAGCGACGAGUCAGGAUCUAUCGAUGGAAUACAGCAAAUAAAGAUUCCCCUAACUAUUCCGCCUUUGGAGAAUGGACUCAUGUCGGUUGAUCGAAUGUCCAAAUUAGCAGAAAUUCCAUCACGACUCUACGAUGAAACAUGUCUUGCUGCUGAGCAUACAUCACAUCUUGGACAGACUUCAGAAAAUUCAUCAUUACAAUGUACAGAGCCUCUUCCAGCAGAAACUACUCUGGAAUCACUUUCAAUCUCUCGACGGUUUGGUGUAGCAUUCCAGAGUUGGGCUAGACUAAUGUUCGUGCCUACCUCUUCAAGUGCGCUAUCAAUGGCUGUCGCGUCAAACUUGGUAGCGAUUAAUAAAGUGUUGGUGGGAAGGGAUGCUCGAUUUGGCGGUGCAGUAUGGGCUUUCGAUGCAGUAGCAGCAGACAGAGCAUUUGAAAACAUGGCCACCCGAAACGGAACCGAGCUCGUAGUAGUACUUGCAGGUUUUGCAUAUUAUUACAAGAGCACACAACGGCAGCUGCAGAUCUUGACCAUCAAAUGUUUACCCAGAACACUGAAUGUUGUUUUCGCUUCCAACCAGUCCAAGCACCUGCACACAAGCCCCAAUAAUGAGACAACUGACCAACUACAACACCAUGGACACGACAGUUCAUUCUUCCAUAAAGAUGUGGCCGUAAACGAGCAAAAGACUUUGCAAAAACGGGUACAUUUGGACAAUAGGAACUGUCUGGUAUUUGAAGGUUUAAAGAUGGAGGCAGAGUCGGAUGACUUGGACAAGCUGUUUGGCUCACUUCAGGAGGAUGUGUAUAAUCAAAACUCUCUAGAUUCUGGACUCAAUGAGAGAGAUUCUUUAUUACUCAAGAGUCUUCUUGAUGACAGCGACUACAACCAGAUUCUUCCGUUGGGUUCACAGAAACAGUCAGAUCAAUCUGCUGCUCCAUCAGACCUUGAUACUCUGCCUGAACCAUCUUCAGUAUUAGCACCGGAUUUCCCCACAGACACUACGACUCUUGCUUACAGACAAGACUCGGACUUUUUCCAUUCACCACUUCCUAGUUGGUUCAAUCCUGCACUCCUGGCCCAAUCGUGCUCACCAAUUCAUUUUGAACCUCAUUUCCAGCAGUUGACAAAGUCGUCCUUGGAAUUGUCAUCUCAUUGUUACUCUUCUCCAGCAUCUAUCUCAUCGUCAUCUAUGACUCAGCAACCUGUUUAUUUUCAAAAAGAUUCUACCUCUUGGAUGGCAUCUGAGCCUGAUCUCUUGUCUUUGUCUAAUUUUGACAUCAACUUUCCAUGUCACUCCAACCCUUCACAGCAUUCCGAAUAUCACUCGCCUCAACCAACUAAAUCCACUAAUAUUUCAUCUUUAAAACGUCCUACUCCAUUCUUUUCAGGAAUCACUGGCUCCGAACCAUUGCAGAUCUCUCUAGAAUCUCAAGAAUCUGAUUUACACACUCCCACGCGCAGCACACUUUCUAAAACAACUACAAGGCUUCGCCAAUCAAAAUCUAAUCACUCGCCUUCAUGUUCAGAUCUUAACAAGACAGUAUACCCCUUACACUGCGUUCGUCUUGACCCAGUACUAGAGACUAUCAUGUGUCAGGACCCAGACACCGAUCAUCUAUUUUCAUGUCCCUUUUCGGGAUGUGCCUCUAGAUUUCGACGUCGCCAUAAUCUUAAAUGUCAUUAUGCAACAAAACAUGUAGGAGUUAAAAAACUUUCAUGUUACUGUUGUUCAUACAAGACACUACGGUGGCGUGAACUUUUACGGCAUAUUGAAAGGGCACAUACAUGUAAAUUAGUCGAUCCACAAUUUGACAAAAAUGAUGUUAUUCCUGCACUGUUGAAUGCUGGAUCCGUUUCCCCAUCAUCAACCUUUACAGCUCUAGGAACGGAUAAUUCGUAUUUUUGAAAUGCUGUAACAAAAAUUUGCUUGAUGCUAUUAGUAUUUUCAGAGCAUGGCGCAAUUAGGUCAAAGUAUAAAUAAAUAUUACACGCCUUC